AUGGCCACUCCUCAAGAAACAAUAAAGACGCUAUUCGCGUUUAUUAGCGCCCAAGGCCAAAGCGACUACCUCGGCGAGCGCAUCUCCCAACUCCAACACUCGCUCCAAUGCGCCUACCUCGCCCACACAGACCCAAGCUACGGCUCAGACUCAGAAAUCGUCCUCGCCGCGCUCCUGCACGAUGUCGGCCGCUUUAUCCCAGACGCCAAGGAUAUGCCGGCCAUGAUUGCGCCGGACGGGGCGUACAUUGGGCGCGCGAGCCACGAGGUCCUGGGGGAGCGGUAUCUGCGGCAGCUGGGGUUUAGUGAGAGGGUGUGUCAGCUUGUCGGGGCGCAUGUGCUUGCGAAGAGGGUUUUGGUUUCGACUGUGGGGGAGUAUUAUGAUGGGUUGAGUGAGACGAGUAAGAGGACGUUGAGGUUUCAGGGAGGGUUCUUUACGGAAGAGCAGGUUAGGGAUGCAAGGAAUGAUCCAUGGCUUGAUGCGAAACUUGCUGUUAGACGGUGGGAUGAUAGGGCGAAGGAUCCGGAGAUGGAGGUGCCUGGGCUGGAUGCGUAUGAGGAUAUGGCAGUUCGGUGUCUUAUUGAUUCGAGGACUAGGGUUGUGGUGGUCGACAGGUUAUAUGCACUUCCAGUGAAGCCUGUGUUGAUUAUCGUCGUUUCAGAGACUUUAUUUGAGCAAGCUGCCCAGGAUGGCAUGUUGUCGGACAUGAAGGAUAGCUGGAUUGUCGAGAAGUACCUUCACACGAAGAACGGUAAUAGACGCCCCGUGGAAGAGGAAGUGCUCGACCAACUGUCAAGACGUGGAGUGCAAGUUGUGCAGAUGUCUGCCGACAGUGAUACCCUCAGUCUGCCUUCCACGGAUACAGCUGGUCGUUCUAGAUUCGUUCUCGAGGAUGGCCUGUCCAUGCUACAGAAAGACGCCACAUUCGUGCAUCUUUCCCUGGCCGCCCUACAGUACACUGCAUUCAGGGGGAUGUUGGACACCCUGAAAGAUCUAACCAGGGACACGGUUGUCACCAUCACAGCCAUCUCCAAUGAAGGAUGUACGGAAGAAACUGUAUUCGACGCAGUAUUCCAGCGUGCCUCAUCAGUCUAA